AUGACUGAUGUCGAAGAAUUCAAUCAGCAAAAACCAGGAAAAACUAGCAAGCAACAUAACAUAUUACCAAUAUGGGGUAAUGAACAGACUAUGAACUUGAAUCCUUUAAUAUUAGCCAAUAUUCAAGGUUCUAGCUACUUCAAAGUGCAUCUGUUCAAAUUGAAGACAUACCAUGAGGUAGUAGACGAGAUCUACUACCAGGUCAAGCACCUUGAACCAUGGGAGCGUGGCAGUCGCAAAACAGCAGGGCAGACUGGCAUGUGUGGUGGCGUAAGAGGAGUAGGUGCAGGUGGUAUUGUAUCUACAGCAUUUUGCCUCUUGUAUAAGCUAUACACUCUUAGACUUACUCGCAAGCAAGUUAAUGGUUUAUUGCAACACUCUGACUCUCCUUACAUUAGAGCACUUGGUUUCAUGUACAUCCGAUACACACAGCCUCCAGCAGAUCUUUUUGACUGGUAUGCUGACUACUUAGAUGAUGAAGAGGAAGUGGAUCCUAGAGCCGGUGGUGGUGGCUCAACUACAAUGGGCGCCUUAGUUCGCCAAAUGCUUAUCAAGCUGGACUGGUUCAGCACCCUCUUUCCAAGAAUUCCUGUACCUAUUCAAAAGCAAAUUGAACAGAAGUUAGGAGAACACAAUAGGCAGAGUAACGCUACAAAAUCUGCAAAUUACCGCAGUGGCAACAGCAACACCAAUGCCAACACCAACUAUAACCCGGGCCGAAUGGAUACAGAUCGUCGUGAGCACGACGACCGUGAUCGAAGAGAUUAUGGUGAAGGGGAUAGAUAUGCGAAAGAAAGGCCGCCUAGACGUGACGAGAGAGAUAGAGAGCGUGACAGGGACAGAGAACGUGAUCGCGAACGUGAAAGACGCGAUCGCGAUCGUGACCACAAAAGCGAUCGCCAUCGUGAUCGUUCGCGCUCGAAGGACCGCAACGCCGAUCGGGCGCGCGAUCGUCACCGCGUUAGAUCCCGCUCGAGGGAUCGCCGCUAUAGA